AUGGUUGUUCAGCACGGCGACGCGCAUCACAUCCCGGAGCAUCACCGGAUUCACAAACCGGGAGCAUGGCUUCCGAGGGACCACCGCAUCCAUCGCGAGUUCCUCCACCGGGCCAGCAAGCACGCAGACGCCCACCCGGACAAGGAGCUUACGCCCGCGCUCAAGGAGUUCAAGGAGUUCAUCGAGACGACCCCGCGCAUCUACAUGCACUUUGUCCAGAUGUUCGAGGAGAUCCCGAACAAGCCCCCGUACUGGCACGACCCCACGGGGACGCCCCAGAUCCGUGACUAUCGCCACAUGCUGGCCGUGCUGAACCACAUUGUCACGCGGGCGCCGGAGUGGACUGAUGCUGCGGAGGCGGUGGGCGUGGUUGGGGUGCCCAUGUGUGCUAUUCUUGAUUAUCCGAUGGGGACUCCGAGCGGACACGCAGCUUUCUUGGAUCCCGAUGUGAAUAGGAUGCUGAAGAAGGUGUUGAACGAAUGGGGCAAGUUUCUACAGACACCCGAAUCUGCAAGUGUUCUUGAAAACCACAAGACAGGUUGGUUUGGUGAGGUUGGAGUCAAGGACUUGAUGGAGGUGGCCAACCAGCCUUACUCGACCAACCACAAGUUCGAGGACAUGUACAUCUGUGAUCCCUCGGCGAAGCACUACGGCUUCAAAUCCUGGGAUGACUUCUUCACCCGCCAAGUCCACGACAGCGCCAGGCCCGUCGCCUCGCCAGACGACGACUCCGUCAUCGCCAACGCCUGCGAGUCCAAGGUCUACAACAUCUCGCACCACGUCAAGCUACGCGACAAGUUCUUCGCCAAGGGCCAGCCGUACUCGCUCCUCGACAUGCUCGGCCACGACGACCUGACGCACGAGUUCGCCCACGGCACCGUCUACCAGGCCUUCCUCUCCGCGCUGUCGUACCACCGCUGGCACAGCCCCGUGUCGGGUAAGAUCAAGCGCGCGUUCCUCGUCGAGGGGACCUACUUCAGCGAGCCGCUCUUCGAGGGGGUGGGCAACCCGGGCACGGCGGAGAUCGACUCGCGGGGCAUCUCGCUCGUCCAGGGGUACCUGUCGUCGCUGGCCACGCGGGCCGUCAUCUUCAUCGAGGCGGACAACCCGGCCAUUGGGCUGAUGGCGUUUGUAGGGAUCGGGAUGGACGAGGUCAGCACGUGCGACAUCACGGUCAAGGAGGGCCAGCACGUCAAGAAGGGUCAGGAGCUGGGCAUGUUCCACUUUGGAGGCUCGAGCCACUGCUUGGUGUUUAGGAAGGGGGUGAAGGUGGAUGGGUUCCCCAAGGUUGGGAGGGAGGAGAAUGUGCCGGUCCGGGGCAAGCUGGCUGUUGUGCAUAAAUGA